AUGUUCUGGGAGGUAGGUUUUCCACUUUUGCACACACAUACGAUGGCGGUGGUUGUUCACUUCGAUGAUGCCGACAUAGCGGCUGGCGCUGAUAGGGAAGAACACUCGCUGAUCGGGCGACUGGUGGGGCUGCCGCCGGCGUUGCAUACGGUCAAGACAACCUUGACUCGCGUCUGGCGGCCCGACGGCGAAUUCACCAUCUCUCCGUUAGAAUUGGGUCUGACCCAAAUCAUUUUCUCCGCGCAAUCGGACCUGCGGAAGGUCGAAAAGGGGUCUCCAUGGAUCUUCCCCAAGUACAUGCUUGUUGUACGCUCGUGGGUUCCUCCCUCACCGGCAGUUGCAGCAUCGCUGCUUUGGGCACCACUAGAGGUACAGAUGUGGGGGGUGCCAUUUGAGUGCUUCACCGCCAAACUUGCACAGCGGUUAGGGUCUGCGCUAGGGGAGACGACGGCUCCAACCCUUCACCGCUCCGACGUAUCUGGUGGACUAUACUUUAGAGCCGAACCGGUUCUUGAUCUGGCGGCGCCGCUUCCAGUUGAGAUUGAGGCUGUACAUGUUAAGGCGGGCAAAGGUAAUUUCAUUGUCAAGAUUAAGUAUGAACGAUUGCCUGUCUUUUGUUACUUCUGUGGAAUCAUAGGGCAUAUUGGCGCCAAUUGCCCGCGCAAGGCCGAACUAGAGGAUGACUCUCCGCGCUAUGGGCGGUUCACGGUGUCAGAGGAAUCGGGGCCUGAGAUUAUAGAGGACAUGCUGUCGCGACGUAAGAAGCGAUUCACUUGGUUGCGGGCGAUGUCUCAAAAACCUCCUUCGUUCAGGCUGGCUGGCGGAUUUAAGAUGCCGCGUCCUCAGACUCCUAGCGGAGUGUUGGUGGAGCAGAUGGGGCUGGUUUGGGUUCCAACUGGGUGGAGACGCGUAGACCUCGGCCUGUUCAGGUAG